GUAUACACCAGACCUGUACAAUCUAGCAAUAGCUUUGCUCUAUACGUUUGCUGACCAAAACUCUGAAAUUUCCAUUGCCACAACUCAUAAUCAUACAAAACUCUUUUUCUCCCAUCUUCAGCUUACUCCCCGUUCUGCGGCGGACUCAUCUAAGGCCACCUGUUUCUGUCUUUUUGCGGGAACAUAAAAAGAUCCGAAGUUCUAGUAAGUUUUGGGGAUUCGAAUCCAGGUUUUGUUGCUCUAAACUUCUUUCCCGGGACUUAUUCGGGAAUAUUCCUGAACGGGAUUUCUUCACAAGUCGCAACUCUUUCUCCUUCACCUCUGUUUGUUGAUGCUCAUCUGGUACCUCCUUAACGUUUUGGUUCUGUGAUUUUUUCCUCAAAUCCAGUAAAAGAUGGUGGCUUUUGGGAAGAAGCUGAAGGAAAGACAAAUCCAAGAAUGGCAAGGAUAUUAUAUCAAUUACAAGGUAAUGAAGAAAAGGGUUAGACAGUAUGCUGACCAAAUUGAAGCUCGGGCAUUGGAUCGUCGACAUGUUCUCAAGGAUUUCUCAAGAAUGCUAGACAACCAGAUUGAAAAGAUUGUGCUUUUUCUGCUGGAACAACAAGGAGCACUUGCAGGAAGGAUAGCUGAACUCAAUGAACGGCAAGACACUCUUCAAGAGCAGCCUGAAAUAUCCAAAAUAAGUGAGCUCAGGGAAGCUUAUAGGGAAGUGGGCCGUGAUCUUCUAAAGCUCCUUUUCUUUGUUGAAAUAAAUGCCGUUGGACUUCGGAAAAUACUUAAGAAGUUCGACAAACGCUUUGGCUAUAAAUUUACUAAUUACUACGUCAAAACACGGGCUAAUCAUCCAUAUUCCCAACUUCGGCAAGUUUUCAAGCAUGUGGGAUUAGGAGCAGUGGUUGGAGCAAUAUCCCGUAAUCUUGCAGAACUUCAAGACCGUCAGGGAAGCUACUUAUCUAUUUAUGACCAGCCCUCACUUCCCCUCCAGGAUUCUGUUGUGGACUCGAUAAAAGCAGCGACAGACAGAUUAAGUCAUUCAACAAACUUCCUAAGUUUUUUAGGACAACAUGCACUUAUAAUGCAACAAGAAGAAUUACCUAGCCCCAUUGAAGAAGAUGCAGAUGAUCGAAGAUACCAUUUUAUGUCACUCAUGUUGAACCUGGCAAACACUUUCCUUUAUAUGGUAAAUACAUACAUAAUUGUUCCAACAGCGGAUGACUAUUCUAUGAGUCUUGGUGCUGCAGCUACGGUUUGUGGUAUUGUGAUUGGGUCAAUGGCGGUUGCACAAGUUUUCUCAUCGGUGUAUUUCAGUGCCUGGUCAAACAGGUCUUAUUUCAGACCAUUGGUGUUUAGCAGUGUAGCUCUUUGUCUAGGCAAUAUCAUGUAUGCUUUGGCCUAUGACCUGAAAUCAUUAACGGUUCUACUUUUAGGUAGAUUGUUCUGCGGUUUAGGUUCUGCUAGAGCGGUGAACCGAAGGUAUAUUAGUGACUGUGUGCCACUUAAAAUCCGAAUGCAGGCUUCAGCUGGUUUUGUCAGUGCUAGUGCACUUGGAAUGGCUUGUGGACCUGCACUUGCCGGUCUACUUCAAGGUGAUUUUAAAGUCUACAAGCUAACAUUGAACAAAGAAACUUUACCUGGCUGGAUUAUGGCAUUGGCAUGGUUAAUGUAUCUGGCGUGGUUAUGGAUCUCAUUUAGAGAACCUGUUCAAGAGAUUGAAGAGAUCAACGUUCCACAUGAAUCUAAUCCGGUGGUAGAUAACAAUGGGCUGCUUGAGAAGGGCCUUGCUCAACCACUGCUUAUAAAAUCUGAAGGACAAGAUGAAGAUGGUGAUGGCGAACAAGAAUGUGAUGAAAGUGAAGAAGCUCCUGAGGAGUCUCGUUUACCUGCCAACUCAAUUGGAUCAGCAUACAGAUUACUUACUCCAUCCGUGAAGGUUCAGCUGUUGAUAUACUUUAUGCUGAAAUAUGCUAUGGAGAUUUUACUAUCGGAAUCAAGUGUUAUCACGACAUAUUACUUUCAGUGGUCAACCGGAACUGUGGCAAUUUUCCUAGCAUGUCUUGGUUUAACUGUUCUUCCAGUAAAUAUAGUUGUGGGAAGCUACAUAAGUAACAUGUUCCAGGACAGGCAAAUUUUGUUGGCUUCUGAAAUUAUGGUUUUCUUGGGCAUACUCUUAAGCUUUCAAGUAAUGGUCCCAUAUUCAGUGCCGCAGUAUGUCAUAUCUGGGUUGAUCAUGUUUGUAUCUGCUGAGGUGUUGGAAGGUGUGAACUUGUCUCUCCUCUCUCGAGUCAUGUCAUCUAGGCUUUCCCGAGGCACGUACAACGGUGGCCUCUUGUCGACAGAAGCAGGCACGAUUGCUCGAGUAAUCGCAGAUGGCACUAUAACGGCGGCUGGUUAUUUGGGACAGAGCAGACUCUUAAAUGUCACCCUUCUCCCAUCGCUUGUCAUUUGCAUUGCAUCCAUUGUUGCCACCUGUUUUACCUACAAUUCCUUGUACUGAUUCUUUGUCACCUAGUGUUUUAGAACAAACAAGUUAUAGUUUCAAACCUCACAUACCUAUUCUUUUAAGGAACUUCUCUGAUUUCAAUAAUAUGGUAUUGCCGAUUUGUGCUCUGGCUUUCUUAGAUGUGUGUGCUCUAUAUAUUCACAUUCAGGCAGAAAGUGUCAAAUCUUUUAAGCCAAAAUUGUUUUCUUCUUCUCAUCAAUUCCUG